GAAUCUCCCAUCUGCGGCGACAGCGACUUGGCAUUUGAGUUUGACAGAAAGUGUCAUAGUGGUACCAAAAUUAACUUAUUUAUUUGUGCUAAAUUAAAUUUGAUAUAACAGAUUUAAUUAUAAACGAUGGCGAGACAAAAUACUAGAUUAGAUACUAAGAAAGUGAAUGCAGAGUUGCUGACUUUAACUUAUGGAGCUCUUGUAUCACAAAUGAUUAAAGAUUUUGAUAAUAUAGAAGAUGUAAAUAAACAACUAGAAAGAAUUGGAUAUAAUAUGGGAGUAAGGCUGAUUGAAGACUUUUUAGCCAAAACUGGUUACGGUCGAUGUUUGGAUAUGCGAGACACAGCUGAUAAAAUACAACAAGCAUUCAGGAUGUAUUUGGGCAUUCAGCCUACGCUUUCUUCAUGGUCUAGUGGUGGAGAUGAGUUUUCUUUGUUAUUUGAUAGUGCACCUUUAACAGAAUUUGUUGAGUUGCCAAUGGAAUACGUAAAUACCUUGAGAUAUAGUGCAGUUUUAUGUGGUGCAAUACGCGGUGCUCUAGAAAUGGUACAACUGGAAGUGCUAUGUUGGUUUGUUCAGGAUCAACUAAAAGGUGAUAAUACCACAGAACUACGUGUGAAAUAUGUGAGGCGCUUGGAAGAUGCUAUACCUGCUGGAGAGGAUUAAGUUUAACGUAUUCAAUACCUAAGUUCAAAUUAUUAUAUAUAUAUAUAUAUAUAUAUAUAUACCUA